GCGGCGGCGCGUCCCUGGGGCGCCCAUCCCCGCCGGGAGCCGGAGCAAGACGGAGCGGGCGGUGGAGCAGCGGGCCAAGGGCCGCGCCCCCAUGAAGGAGAAGGAGGCGGGGGCGGCGGGGGGCGGCGAGCGGGGCAAGCCGGCCACCUACACGGGCGACAAGAAGGCGCGCAUGGCGGCCAAGACCAACAAGAAGUGGGUGCGCCUGGCCACCGUGCUGGCCUACGUCCUCUCCGUCUCGCUGGCCGCCAUCGUCCUGGCCGUCUACUACAGCCUCAUCUGGCAGCCGGUGCGGGGCGGCGGGCCCCCCCACGCCCAGCCCCAGCCGCCCGGCUCGCCCCACCCCGCCCCGGGGCCCCCCGCCGCGCCCGACCACCACCCCGGCCGGACGCCGGCGCCCGAAGGGGGCGCCCCCCCCUCGGCCACGGGCAAGCCCAGCGCCGGCGGGCAGUAG